AUGGAGCAGAUCGAGACGCAGGUCAGCGACCUGCGCUACCUGACCCAGGCACCCGUCCCCUUGCCUGCAGACCGUCAAGGCCACGGCGGCACAGGCACAGGCAUAAGCGUGGCCAACGUCGUAGGCGGCCCAGCCUUUUCUCCACACAAUCACCCAAAUCAUUCGACGCACUCACCUCUUUCCGCGUCCGUCGGAGACAAUUCCGCCCACCUACCAGGGGGAGGGGGACUGUCCGAAGUCGCCAGUCUUGCUUCGCCUGCCGCCGGUACCAAGAGAAAGGCAGAUGAUGACGAGGGUGCAGGAGGAAAGCAGCAGCGGAGCAAACGGAAUAGAUACAUCUCUAUUGCUUGCAACGAAUGCAAGCGACGCAAGAUCAAAUGCAAUGGAGAAACACCAUGCCAACGAUGCGGCAACCUCAAUCUGGCCUGUCUCUAUGCGCCGAACUGCUGCUCCAGCACAUUCAAGGACUCGGAAGAGUACCGACGGAUGACAGACCAAAUGACCCAUCUCCAAGAGCAGGUUGAGAAUCUCUACCAAAGUAUGAACACUCUUCGCACGGAAACUCUGCGACUCGCCCCAAUCAACGACAAGAUUCUUCCUCUGCCCUCCAGCACCAUGGCUGCUUCACCGGCAAGCUCGCUCUCGAGCCACCGGCCUGAUAUUGCCCAUGCCAGACCUCCUUCCUUCAGAGGCCCCACGAGCAUGGCCUUUAGCCUUGAUGUCGCCAAUAACACGAUUCACAACAUGGGAUACAAAGGCAUUGGAGACGGAGGCGACAACCAUGCGCCGUCCGAAGAUGCGAAUCCCCGUGUGCCCUCGGCCAAUGCUGGGUCGGAUCCGCUGUGGGAGUAUGGUCGUGAUGAGAUUAUCCGCCUGUGCCGCCUGCACGAGGAGGAAGUCGGCAUCAUGUACCCCGUCGUCAAAAUUCAGACCGUCAUGGACCACGCGCGAAACCUCUGUGCCGCGAUCGAGUUGGCCAAGCAGCAGGGCGAGACGCUCGAUUUCGAGGACACGCCAACUUUGCAGCUGAAAAUGCUCAUGUGCUGCGCUCUGGUCGUGGAGGAACAUGGUCACAGUGAGAGGGCUGCCCGCCUCUAUGACAGCAUGGAGGCAAUCGUCAACAGGAAGCUCAUGGCUGACGGCUGCGACUUUGCCAACCUGCCUCUGCUAGCCCUGCUCGCCGGGUACCGAUUCCUGUCCAAUGACGAGAUUCUAGCCUGGCGCGUCAUGGGCCAGGUUGCGAGGCUGUGUCUCGAAUGGGGGAUCCAUCAGAGGACUGGGCUCAUGAAGAUCCACAACGAGGAGGAGAGAAAGAAUGCUCUCAACAGCUUCUGGACGGCAUACAUGCUGGAUCGCCGCUGGGCUUUUGGUACCGGCUUGCCAUAUGUUGUGCAGGAUGAGGAUAUUGAUUCUGAACUCCCCAUGCCGGAUGAGUAUCCAUAUCUCAUUGCCAUGAUCACAUAUUCCAGGCUCUGUGCCAAAGUCUGGCGACAAGUGGCCCACUUUGGCCCUAUUCUCGCACGAGAGCUUAGGCAACAAGACAUGGAGCAGCUCGAUCAAGAGAUCUUGCAGUGGUAUGAGCGUGUUCCCGAGGAGGUCAAGCUGCGCAAUUGGGACAAGGAGAAGCAGAUGACCGCAACGCCAUCCUAUAAUCUCCAACGACUUCGUAUUUGGACAUAUCUUCGGCUGAAUCAGAUCCGCACUUGGCUCUACACGCCAAUCCUGCACAGUGCCACCAGCAUCAUGGGCAACCUCCCGCAGGCCCACCGAGUCGUUGAUCUGGCCAAAGAUACGAUCCGCUACCUGAGCCACCUGAACAACACGACCAACCUCUAUCGCAAGAUGCAGGUCUUUUACCACCAGUUCCUCACGUCGGCGAUAGCGGUUCUGUUUCUGGCCUCGGUCCACGCCCCCGUACGCUUCAGUACGUCUUGCCGAGACGAGUUCUACAUGGCGCUAGAGCUCGUGAAGGACCUGUCGGCCAAGAGCUGGGUCUCGCAGCGUCUCUGGCGGACGAUCGGAUCGUUGAAAGAGGUGGCUCCUCGCAUUGGCCUCAGACAUAGCCAGGAGGACGACCCGCACAGCACUGCAGCUCUGACCAUGGCUGGUCUGGCCACGGGGGGACGACUUUCGACAACGAGUCCUACGCCCAUCAGUCCCUUUGGCCGACCGUCAAUUUCAUCCACGACGCCGAUCCAGACGCAGCAGACAACCCCUCAUAUGGAGCAUGCACAAUCCCCCAAUAACGGCACGCGGAUCCAGAGCGAGAUGAGCCGGAUUUUUGAAGGCUACGUGGCAGUCAAAGGAUUUGCUGGUCCCGAGCAAGGCUACAACGGUCCGCCGAGCGCCGGCUUACCGACUCCCAGCUCCGGAGGCGCUCCGACAAAUAUCUUCACACCCAGUGAGACAACCGUGUUCCAACACUUUAGAGAAAUGUUUUGA